GAAAUAAUGAGUACUACCUUCUUUAGCUGCUUCUCACUCACUCUGCCCUUGUUUUCCAUGAAUGGUCUCCGCUGCUAUUUAGUUUAUAGCGCAAUUAUGUUAGCCUUUUCUUCCAAACAUUAGGCUGUUUUAGUAUUUUCAUUUGUAAAAAUAUCCUUCCCCGUCCCUGCUGCUUCCAUGAAUUGCUUGUUGAGUCAGCCUGUCAUGUGCUUUGCUAUGGAGAUGUUUUCCCCCAUGGCAGGUUAUUUCAGACCGACAAGAUAUUUUCAAUGUUGCCCACUAAAGGGGGUACUAGGCAUGAUAUAAAUAUGUAUUUUAAAUACAGCGGUACCUCGGCUUUUGUUCGUUACCUAACAAAACUGAAACGUUGGAAAACCAAAGCAUUUUUUCUCCAUCAUGUCAUGUCAAUUCAAUUCAUCUGUUCCAGAUACCCAAAAUUAGGCUGCCACUAACUAUUUUCUUAGUCCAUUAAUCUGAAGCUUGUUGUUUCGCUUAAUCUAGCAGUCGGCUAGGCUCUAUCCGGACUAGGCCUGUCACGAUAACAAACUUUGCUGGUGGACAAUUGUUCUCCAAAUUAUCGUAGAUAUUCGAUUUUAUUGGCAUUUUUUUAUAGACCAUUUUUUCAUGAAUUAUACGGCAUAAUGUACGCCGGUGUGUCUUGCUCACCUCUUCUCUCAGCCGUGAUCGUCUUUGUUUCAUCGUUUGUUGUGACGUCUCUUACCCAGCUGACGUGCCAGAGUUCCUGCUGCGGGAGGAGCCAUCACUUCUGUGCGUGUGGUCAUGUUAGCAUAUCCUUUCUCACAAGGCUAGUAUGUUGCUAGCACCCUGGGUCCGCUUGUGGAGGCGGGGCUACUAGCAAAGAGGCUGAAAGAGGACAGGAGCGUUCACUCUCUCUGUCCAUUCCACCACAGAACCAUGUGCACGGACGCAUGCAGAGUGAACCCUCUUGCCAUCCAGAUGAAACACGUGCACGCAUCAGUUUAUUGAGGGCUCAUAAUUAUUAAACCUGUUUUUUUUUAUUAUUGUUCAGUUAAUCAACUUAUGUAUCAUCGUGACAGAACUAAUCUGGCCUAAAUCAAUAUGAGCCAAACACAAGCAUUAGCGGUUUGGUCCGAUUAAUCAGCGAUUAAUUGUUGCUGCUCUACCCAGAAUAUGAACAAAUAGAUUUGGCAGAGAAUACUCAGUAUUGUCAGAUGUGGUGUCGCGUGUGUGAUUAAAAAUGGCUGAAUAAAUCUUUAAUACCCCACGGUUCAACGUGCCAGAGGUAGAAAACAAAAGUCUUGCACAAUAACCGAGACCACGUACGAGGACCGAAUUUUGACGCAAAUUUUUGUUUUGGGGCGUUUGAAAACUGAGGUUUGACUGUAAGUAUAAGUGCUGUUGCUAAGUCUGGAUGGCCCGAUCAGCAUGUUUGGCUACCGAUCCAAGCUGAUUUCCAGUCCCCGAGCCGAUACGACGUCAGUGUGAUGACAUUAUUAUGGAAGUGAAAAUGCUUUUAGCAAGAAACUAAAGUAAAGUAACUCGGUUUUCACUUACGGUGCAGACGCACUUCCACACGGUGGCCAUCGUCUCUCGCGGGCACGUAGAGUUCAGUGGCGGCGAUCUGCUGUCUGCACCGCUGCUACAUCACAAGGAGUAACAGGCAUGCAAGUGCACAGCAUGUGGCCCUUCUUUCUAUGGCGGUGGCAGGUGGUUCUCCUUGUGUCGUCCCCGAACAUUGCUUGUUGCAAUUUGGGCCUGCGGGAAUUUGUGUAGUUUGACUUGUGAACAGCUUCAGAGUCCGUUCAAUGCAGAGAAACCCUGGCACAGCAUGUUCUUCAGUGCCAUUCUUAAAGGAUAGUUGGCUUGUUUUGACCCCCACCUCCCCCCCAACUUGGUCCUGCGAGUCACUGUUGCAAGAAUGGAGAGGCAACAGUGCACAAGGAUAUUUGUGAGGUCUGAUUAUUUUUCAAGGAGGCCUUUUUGUGAUGCCAAUGUAUCACUCUUUUGAACGCAUUUUGUUUUGAGAAGCCAAAUUCUCUUCACUUAAAUGACCCAGCAACUAAGCAGAACUACGUUGCUUGUUGUGGGACCAACUGGGGGGGGAUGGUCUUCCAACUUCAUGUGAAAAAACUAUCCCUAUCCCUUUAACGCCUAGCACAAUACUCAUCACAUGUCCAUGGUGUUUCCUGAAUGUCAUGGCUGCAUUACAGGACGUCCUCAGAAAACACACACAACAGCAAAAUCUGUCGCUCCAUUCAGCGUGAUUGGAACGCAUGAUCAUGUCUUGACGGGUUAGGCAGCCCCGGCCCAUUCAGUUGGGUGGGCCCAUCAUAUUUGGCCUGUUUGAGUUGUAGGAAGCUCCCAGUCAGAGACUAAUCCUGCUGGCUUCAGGUUGUGAUUGAUGCUUCCUAACCUUCCUAACACCGUCAUCAAAGAGUGUUUAUGCCCUGAGAGGGAACAAACAAGGCCAAAGACCUCAGGCGAUCACGCUAUAGGACACAUACAGUAUGUACGGAUGGGGUUGGGCUUUCUUUGCAUCUUUUUGACAGUUUAGUUGUGUGUGUGUGUGUGUGUGUGUGUGUGUGUGUGGUGGUAGGAAUCAGCUGCAUUGGUGAUAACCAAUGGCUCUCCCAUGCUGUGGCACAUGGGGGCAGUAUUUGCCCUUCAGUUCCUCAUGUCUGGGCCAGCAGUGCUUUAUAUAAUCUUAACGUGCUUUGAGAGUCACUGACCUAAAUGUGCUGCUCUCACAAGUGGGGAAAGAGCCUUCCUGCACGCAACGACUGAAUGAAUGAACUGACAAUCAGGCAGCUUUGAAAUUGCUCCCAGCGUACUGUAAGAUGAGUGUCGAUUUGAUUCUUAAAGUCGCCCGUGUAGACCGAAACUUACAUCCAGAAUGAUCACUUGUUCCUAUGGAAAGGCUUCUGCACAUCUACAAAGACAAUCAUCUUGACACUGCAUUGGCCGUGCUGGAUGUUGUAGCACCUGUGUGGCAUCACUGUGUCGUGUUGGCAAAAGAUGGAGAGAAUAGAAAUAAAUAUGAUGUGCAGCAAUGUUUGUACGGCGAGGUCGGCGGUCGUGUCGUGUAAUAAACUGUGCUUGGAAGUCUGACUAAAAGUCUGUGUGCGCCGGAAACCCAAAAUGUGUGUCCAGACAAAAAUAUUCAGACGUAAAAUUAAAUGGCGUAUGCACACAUUCACGCAGUGUGUGCUUCACCUGCUGUCCAAAUGCAGUGUAAUGUAAUGUCAAUGCAAAGUGGCUCAUGAAUGCGGCGUCCAUAUUUAAUCACCCUUCGUUGCGUUUCACUGGGUUCUUCUGAAUCACAGCUGCUGAGAAGCUAAAGACAAAGUAGCAGAACUUGACCAAACUGAGACGCUUUUUAAAUGAUUUACAGAGGUAACUGUGUCAAAGCGCCUUGAGUGCCUGGAAGGUAGAAAAGCGUGAGAGCCCAUUUGUCAUUUUACCGUUUAACUUAACGAGCUGAAUUGACCAAAAUCAUCCUCGGAUGUAAACUGGGAAGUGUGAAACAUGGAAAGACCUUUUUUUAAUACUGUUUUGGAAAUCUGACUGUUUUAGUGCUAAGCUUUCCUUGUUCUGGCGUUAGUGCUUUCCUGGCAUUCCUGUGUGCCUUGGAUGGUCUUUUGGGCUUAGGUAAUUUUAAUGCUGGCUUGUGGUUUGGUAGAGAGACACCAAAACGAGGAUCUCUGUCUGACCUGUCCCUGACGUCUUCCCAUUUGGGUGUGGUUCCAACUGCUUUUUGCUCUGGGAAUGCAUAAUUUAUUCAUUGGCAUAAAAUGCAGCAGCGCUCUGUUGUCCUAGACUACGUCAAUCAAAUGUCUGUGGAAAGCUUAAAGCUCAUCCUUGCAGUGUCACUAAACAAGCAGAGAUGUUCUUAUCGCUCAGUUUCCCUGUGUGGACCAUAUGGCAAUGGGAUGGUUACGUAAGGCAUUGCAUACCCAGCUGAGGACGACUGGCUUACGCUCUAGAGAGCCACAGCUGUGAGAGCUGUUUGCAGUUUGGGGGCGUUGCUUAUCUCAGUUUAGUCUGUUGUCUCGGCAAAGAUUAUGGGCAUUAUCCUCAGCUGCAAGGUUGGUCUCCAUCCCUGGGCUGAAAGUUGUUCUGUUUGUUGCUGUCAACAAUGAAUACGGGUGCCCUCUGCAUCUUUUGCAAAAGCAGUACAUUGUAAGCCAGGGUGCUCCUGCUGCUGCUGUGGCUCAUUAUCGGCCAAUCCAGAUUUGAGUGGUCUGCAUAUACUGUACAGGUGGAUCACACACUAGUGCACGUCCCCCAAGUGUAGGUGGAGGCAGGCCGACCACAGCACAGCAAGCACAAAAAGGACAAUAAAGGAGGAAGUAAUUGGUAUAUAUUAAUGACUUCUACCCAAGUGGGGAGGGGAACUGGAGGGAUGGCGACUCUUUCCUGUACAAGUAACUACUCCCCUUGACUAGCUCAAACUGCAUUUUACAUCCGUAUGCACAAAACACGGCGUGUUGAAACACCAGGCAGCGCAUUAAUAGCCACCAACUGAGUACGGCCCAUAUAUGGGUCAUCCCUUUUGUUGAGCUUUGGCUGGACGGACCUGGAUACACACCGAAUGAAAGCAUUACGGAUGGGCUUCCUCUGAUGUUGCCAAUGACGUCUCAUUGGCUGGAGCGAGGCGAGGCGUCUGUGCCAUUGGCCGGGAGUACAUCUUUCUCCGCAUCAGCGAGAUCUCGCUGAAACCAGUUUGUAGCCCUUUGUUCUGAGAAGCCAUGUACAUAUGCCCCCCCCCAGGUGCCAGAAAGUACACUAUGUACAUAAGCGUAGUCAACGGGACGUUUAGAGUCCACCAGUAUUGACAGGACUGUUUUCCUAAGCACUGGUUUCCACUCUUGUGCGUCUCGUGUUUGUGGCCCAAGUCAGCCCGUAGGUGAUGUGGGGUUGAUGCUGUGCCUGUUUUGUUCCACCAUCCAGCUGUUGCGUUAAAAGCUUCAGAUCAUUUGAUGCUCUUUUGUUUAGCCAAGAACCACGACUGCACUGCAAGCCGCGUGUGCUAGCGUGGAGGUACACGUGAGGCCAGUGGAGCCCCAUGCUGUGCGCGUGUAUGUCCAGCAUGCAUGCACUAAUGCAGAGUGACUGCACUGCCAACCGUGCACCGCCUCCAACCUAAACAUUUUCUUCUUCUUCUUUUCCCUGGUUGGGAGACAUGAGGGCGGGACACCCAUCCGCAGUCCUCGUUCCACCAAAAAAACGCUAAGAACUUUUGAGAUGUUCGGUUCCAUUCCAGCGUUUCUUGAGCAAGGGAGCCUUGGGCGUGACUUGUAGGCGGUGCCGCUCGUGUUAACCGGGUAUGUGGUCAAAAAUGGCUCAUCCCAUUGGAUGGAUUGCUCUAAUCUCAGCUGACAGUUUACAUAACAACAGAAGGGGAGGCGACAUGACUCCUCAUGCAGUGACGUCACAGCCCACCCUUGUACGGCUUCUCGCCAUGCUCGCAAUCUUCAAUUCAAGCGCAGGGGCGGCGGGCGUAGAGGGGCACCACAGCGCCAUCAUCCACACGCACUCCCGCUCCCUUCCCCGUCCUCCUCCGCUCCGUCCAGGGUCUACAUUGUGAAGCAUCGAGGGGGACAGGGGUCAGGGUCAAAGGGAGUCGGUUCGGAGGACGGAGGAGGAGCAGGUGGGAGCCCGCUGUGUGGACUGUGCGUGUGUUUUUAUUCACCUGAGCAUCAAUGAGAGAAAAGGGGCUGUCCGGGGCCGGAAGAGCACAGGGCCGGGACGCCAUGGCCAUGAAGCUUUUCUUCUGGGAGCUGGAGAAGCAUCUGAAGAGCUAAUCCAAGGUGCUGUUGAGCAGGUAUCAUCCUGACGACAGAGAAAAUGUCACCUUUUGUCUGCAACGUGGGUCAACGUUGGUUCUCCUAGUUAAUCUGCAGCCUCCCAUGUGAUCAGUGCACCUGGUCUUCCUGUGCUGUUGAGCAAACUGUUGCCACGGUGAUGACAUCGGUGAUUGAUGAGCAGCACCUGCUUGACGUCUUCAGCGUUUUCUCCUCUUUGUGAUCUCACCAGGUCCUCGUAAAUCUUCACUGUAAACCAAUCACAGCUUCUUGGGGCUGGCUGUGCCAAUCCCGCCCUCAUUUCCUUUGUGUUUUAAAUAGAUUAAAAUAGUCCCCCAAGUUGCGAAGAUGACGACUUCUUUCUUGAACAAUUUUUAUCCCAGCCAAUAUAAUUGAAGUCACGUGUCGUUAUGCGCUAAAUGGCCGCCAGGUGGCGACAUUGUCCGCUAAAAGGUCUUUUAAUCGCCCUCACUUACAUGCUUGCCUAUAAAAUACAAACAGGAAGAUGAUUUUGAAGAAAAGAAAAAUAAAUUACACUGUAAUAGACGAGUGGAAUAAAAUAUUUUUCAUUGCUGUGGACUGAUUCUUGUUUCGUUGAAUCGGGUACCGCCGUGCCGCAUCUCAUUAUGCAAAUGUAGCCCCGCCGCCAGCCAAUCAGGCGGCGGCUUGGCCUUUUUUCGCCGCAUUCAUCAUCCGGGAGAGUCCAGCCUCCGCCUCAGUCGUUUGUGUGCAGAGCUGGCGCCCGCCGAGCCGCAUAAUGCGCUCCUUGGCCGCUCUUGCACCACCGGACAGCCGCUUUACUGUGCUGAGGAGGCGCACGGGGGCGUGUUGAUGGACGGACUAGCAUGAGUUCGCAGUGUUACACGGUGGCGAUGGACCUUGGCGUUUGCCAACUGCGGAAUUUCUCCAUAUCCUUUCUGUCCUCCGUGCUCGCCAGGGAGAGCGCGUCGGUGCGGCUCGACAGGAGCGCUUCGGGUGCAAGUGUUGUGGCCAUUGACAACAAGAUCGAGCAAGCGAUGGACCUGGUGAAGAGUCACCUGAUGUACGCCGUGCGCGAGGAAGUGGAGGUGCUCAAGGAGCAGAUCAAGGAGCUCAUCGAGCGCAACACCCAGUUGGAGCAGGAGAACAACCUGCUCAAGACCUUGGCCAGCCCCGAGCAGAUGGCUCAGUUCCAGGCCCAGGUCCAGACCGGCGGCUCCCCCACCGGCGCCACCCAGCCUCCGGCCCCGGCCCUGGGCCCCGGUUCGGGCUCGGCUGGAACGACGCAAGUUCUCCCCUCCGCACAGAACUCCGGUGCGUCUGCAUAAAUCCCGCCCCCUCCCUCCGCCCCGCCACACUCUGAGGAUUAGCGAAUGGGAUGAGAGGCGCCAUACUGUGACCCCUCCUCCUCCUCCUCCUGCCUCCCCCAAGACCAACUAUGCUGCCAUCUUGAGGAUUUGUUUUUUUUUGUUGUUGUUGUAGCACAUUUUAUUUAUGGCGUGUCUGACUUUGACCCGCUUCAGACAAUCGCUGUUGUCACGGUGAUGGGGCAAUGCACCCAAUUUUGUCAACCCCCUCCUUGUGUGGAAACCCCCCCCCCCCACCCACCCCCCCACACACACACAUAUCAGCACAUUCCACCCCCCCAGUGCAUCUUCUGCACUUGCACAUGUCGCUGCUAACAAUGGAUGAACUUUUUUUUACGGAGGAUGUGCAUCCCCCCACCCCACCAUUCGGAAUGGCAAGUGGACAUUUCCCGAUAUGGGGGGAGGGCGUAGUUAAGAGAAAAGGUACAAGCGGCGCAUCACUGUUCACCGUUCCCCACACCCACCCCUCUUGGGUGAGGAGUGACAUGUUUAUGCAGGGAAUCAGCGUGCGUGUUUGUUUCCAUGUCUGUUACGUCCUCCUGAUGUCCACGUGUCAAAACAACACCCAGAUGUUUGAUAGGAUGAGCGUUGCCAAUUCUGCCAAGUGCCUGGUUUGUAACCAUAGAUACAUAUAUAAUCUCUUUUUCAGUUCUUUGUUUCUAUGUACAUAUCUUUGUGUAUAUCUACUAUAGUAUAUAUCUAUCUAUGGUUUGCCAGGUGGACAAGCACCUGCAAUAUCAGCACUCACACACGAGGGUUACUUACCCCCACGCUGAACGCUGUUUAUGUGCGGGAAUGUUGUUUUGUUGACGCGAGUGAGGACGUUUGACCUUUGGUUUUAGUCUUUUGUACAGCCAAGCGUGUGUUGCCAGCGCUCGUGCGUGGGUGUUUUGUGCAUGUUCCUCAGCCCAUCACAAAUGUGACGUUACGAUUUGCACUAGACAGUUGCACCUCAAAUAAAAGUGGAAACAAAGAAAA